GCGUCCCCGAUCAGGGCGUGCGCGCCUGUCCCAGCCGCGGGGCGCGUGUGCGGCAGCGGGGCGCAGCGGCUCCGUGACGCGGUCGCUCGGAGCGGGCCGGCGGGGCGGAGCGGACCUGCCGCAAAGCAGCCCCUCCUGGCCGGCCGCCCGCAGACCCCCGGCCCGGCACGACUCUAUGGACAGGAGCUCGUUGCUGCAGCUCAUCCAGGAGCAGGCCCUGGCUGGCGUCGUCCCCCCACCCCAACUCCAGCAGCUGGACCCAGACAACACGGGCUUCAUUGGCGCAGAGACCUUCACGGGCCUGGUGCACAGCCAUGAGCUACCCUUGGACCCCGCCAAGCUGGACAUGCUGGUGGCUCUGGCCCAGAGCAAUGAGCGGGGCCAGGUGUGCUACCAGGAGCUGGUGGACCUGAUCAGCAGCAAGCGCUCCAGCAGCUUCAAGAAGGCCAUUGCCAAUGGGCAGCGGGCACUGCCCCAGGACGGGCUGUUGGACGAGCCGGGCCUGGGCGUCUACAAGCGCUUUGUGCGCUACGUGGCCUACGAGAUCCUGCCCCGUGAGGUGGAUCGCCACUGGUACUUCUACCGGCACCGGAGUUGCCCACCACCCGUGUUCAUGGCCUCGGUCACCCUCGCCCAGAUCAUAGUGUUCCUGUGCUAUGGGGCGCGCCUCAACAAGUGGGUGCUGCAGACCUACCACCCCGAGUAUAUGAAGAGCCCCCUGAUCUACCACCCUGGCCAUCGCGCCCGUGCCUGGCGCUUCCUCACCUACAUGUUCAUGCACGUGGGGCUGGAGCAGCUGGGCUUCAACGCGCUCCUGCAGCUAAUGAUCGGCGUGCCUCUGGAGAUGGUUCAUGGCCUGCUGCGCAUCAGCCUGCUCUACCUGGCCGGCGUGCUGGCAGGCUCCCUGACUGUCUCCAUCACCGAUAUGCGGGCGCCUGUGGUGGGGGGCUCCGGUGGGGUGUAUGCCCUGUGCUCUGCACACCUGGCAAACGUCGUCAUGAACUGGGCUGGGAUGCGGUGCCCAUACAAGCUGCUGCGGAUGGUGCUGGCUCUGGUGUGCAUGAGCUCCGAGGUGGGCCGGGCUGUGUGGCUGCGCUUCUCCCCACCACUGCCUGCCUCGGGCCCGCAGCCCAGCUUCAUGGCACACCUGGCGGGUGCAGUGGUGGGGGUCAGCAUGGGCCUGACCAUCCUGCGCAGCUAUGAGGAGCGCCUGCGGGACCAGUGCGGCUGGUGGGUGGUGCUGCUGGCCUAUGGGACCUUCUUGCUCUUCGCCAUCUUCUGGAAUAUCUUCGCCUACGAUCUGCUGGGCACUCAUGUCCCCCCACCGCCCUGAGGGCUCUGGCCUGCAGGGCACUCCUUGGAGUGUGUUCCUCUCUGAGGGACCAAGUGACCCUGUAACCACUGAGUCCAGGCCAAGCCUUAUACCAGUCCCAGCCUGAGGGCAGGACUGCUGGGCCAGGUGGCAUGGUCCCUAAGGACUGCCGCAGAGGAGACCCUGCUCCACCUCCCCCUCCCCACCCAGGACUUGCUGUCUGAGCCUUUUUGGAGAACGAAUAAAUAUUUUACACA